AUGGGGGGUGAACUGGGACUCAUCAGUAAACAAGCCCCACCUCCAAUGCCUCAAAGGGAAUAUUCUGGGGGCAUGUGCCGCCACCCAAGCCAUACGAUGCUGGCGACGAACAGCGUUGGAUCAUCUAUAGUCGGCUGCCCUGACGUCACUCCGUCUGCAGUUUCCUAUGUGAACAACAAUGUCACGUGGUGUUACUGGUUGAAAAAUUCACCCGAAUCCUCCAUCUACCAAGAACUGAUGUGUCAAACAAACGGCGGAACGCUUGCAAAUAUACCUUCUGCAUUGCACCAUGCCACAGUGACGGCUGCAAUGGACUCGACAUGGAGUGCAUCUGAUAGCGUUUACAUUGGUGUAAUGGACAGCAAUCAUGAUGGAGUCUUCACGACAUGGAAUGAAGACACUCUAACAUAUACCAACUGGGCGAACAAUGAGCCACAGUCUUACAAGUAUUGCGUCUUUUUGCAAAAAACAGAACACAAGUGGUAUGCUGAGCAUUGUAACCGUCAUCUCCCGGCAGUUUGCUACUGUGUCAUAGAUCCAGCGGACACGUACACAUGUUCCGGCAGCGUUGUAUCCGCCUCUAGUGGUGUCGCGACAGGUUCUUCAACUUCAACAACUGAUUCUACUAGAACUGUUCAAACACUUUCUUCAAUCAGUCAAACAACACAGAGUAAUGUUUGUUACCAGUCAAAUCUGGCGAGUUGUCUUUCUUGCUGCUAUGCUCAAACAACAACAACAACAAGCUCUCUGGGAACCUCUUUUACAGAUGCGGUUGCUGAUCUGAAAAUUAAUUCAAAACAGACAAAUAGAUACCAGCGGAAGUUGUACAGUGCUCCCGAUCACCGUCCUUUGUCUAUCAGCAUAGGAGCAGUCGCUAUACUAAUAAUUGUUGCAGUAAUUUGUAUUAUUGUUACGUGUGAUUUCCCUGUUAUUUAUACACAAUGGAAUAUCCUGAAACGAUCGGUGCGCCGCCUAUUUUGCCGGCGACCUAAAUCCCGUAUAGCACGUCAUACAAAACGUGUACACCCAGAUAACGUUCAUAAAACGAUGACAGGGCCGCCUACUGUUUCUACAACCUAA